CUGCCGUCUGUGUCCGGGUGGCGCUGCCGGGUCCCUCCUUACCCGCCCGCAGCGGGACACGCACUUUCCCUGCCGGGGCAGAAGCAGCCGCCAGCGGCGAGGCCCGGGCGGCUUGUGAGGGGAGCGGAACACGGGGCUCCUCUCGGCCCCACGAGGCGCCUGGGGCUGUGCCCUGGGGGGACGCGCCUGAGGGCCCCGGCUGCCUGCAGCGGGGCGGCCCCUCCCGCUCCCCGAGGCAGGAAGAUGCCGGUGAAGAAGAAGAGAAAAUCCGCGGCGGCAGCGGUAGCGGAUGAGACCGGCCUCAAGAAAUGUAAACUGGGCAGCUAUUGCAGAUCGCAAGCCUCUGGUAAAGUGAUAAGUGGAGAGGAGCAUUUUUCAAGCAAGAAGUGCCUGGCGUGGUUUUAUGAAUAUGCAGGUCCUGAUGAAGUUGUAGGGCCAGAGGGAAUGGAAAAGUUCUGUGAAGACAUUGGUGUUGAACCUGAAAACAUUAUUAUGUUAGUUUUAGCCUGGAAAUUAGAGGCUGAAAGCAUGGGAUUUUUUACCAAGGAAGAAUGGUUAAAGGGGAUGACCUCGUUACAGUGUGACUGCACAGAAAAGUUACAGAAUAAGUUUGAUUUUUUGCGGUCACAACUGAAUGACAUUUCAUCCUUUAAGAAUAUCUACAGAUAUGCCUUUGAUUUUGCAAGGGAUAAAGACCAGCGAAGUCUUGAUAUUGAUACUGCAAAAUCUAUGUUAGCACUUCUGCUUGGAAGAACAUGGCCACUGUUCUCAGUAUUUUAUCAGUACUUGGAGCAAUCAAAGUAUAGAGUUAUGAACAAGGAUCAGUGGUACAAUGUGUUAGAAUUCAGCAGAACUGUGCAUGCAGAUCUUAGCAACUACGAUGAAGAUGGUGCAUGGCCCGUUCUCCUUGAUGAAUUUGUUGAGUGGCAAAAAGUUCGUCAAGUGUCAUAGCAAGAACUUUGAAGAAAAUGCAGAAUUUUUUGAUGCCCACCUCUGUACAAACUAAUGAGACAAAACCAAGGGUUGCAUUUUCAUGCUUAUGAAAGACUUUACAGUGAUUUUUUUUUCCUUUUUUUUUUAAAGGAAGUUUUCUUGUUACAUGUGAUAUGGGCAUUGAACCACACCUCUUCUGAGACUGAAAGUUGGAGUUUGUUUUUGAGUCUUAUGUUUAUAGCAUUUAUUUCAGAACAAUAAAGAUCCAGAUUUGUGACAAAGGCCUAAAAGUGAAGGAUGUCCCUUGAGUGUGAGUGCGGUGUCUGUUUUUGAAAUUCAAAACUUCAGAUUUUACUUUCUUAGAAAUGCCCUUUGCUAUGAGUUGUGUGGUUUUUUUAAAUGUGCUUAACUGGCACUGUAGUGUGCUGAUGGUAUGAUUGUCUUGUGCGAUACAAGUUAGAAGGAAUGACUGUUGAUCUUAAGCUCCAGGUGGUAUUUUAUUAGUUUGCAUACUAGUAUCAGACUUGGGUUGUGCCACAACAUUCAUCUCCAGGUGGAGACAAAGGCCUUAAAAAUUCAUUUUUCUCCACUACUCAGUCAGGGCUGUAUCAUUUAAAAGCACGGCCAUUUUAAAAAAGUCAUAUGUGCGUGGCUCCAUAUACUGUAUAGCUAGAAAAUAGUCACUUGUAUAUCAAACGGUACUAACGUUAAUACUGUUUGGUACAACAAGGCAGCUGGACAUUCUUAGCAGCUGGACAUUCUUACCACAGUUCAGUCUCUGGAUUGCUUUGAGUGAAAAGUGCAAUUUAUAUUUUAAAAGGGAAAUCUGAGAACACCUGAUGACUUGGCUACAAGGCUAAUUUAGGUUCUUAUACAUUGGACUAGAUGCAUUUACAAAGGUGAGCCUCUUAACCGUUGCUCCUUGAAGGUUUUUUUAAUAUUUAAGGCCAGAAGGGACCAUUAGAUCAUCUAAUUUGUCCUCCUGUAUAUCGCAAGCCAUUACAUUUUCCACAGUUACUCCUGAUUGAUCCCUAUAACUGCUUUCCAUUGCCUCAUUUUGGCAUCUGAUACCAUCUCAUAGCAUUUAAAUCUGGGGGACUGGUAUCACUAUACUUUCCUAUCAGUGAAGAUGGAUGCCACAUUGAAGUCUUGGCAUACUCGUGAAGAAAAAGGGGAGAAGUUUAAUGAGAAAAUGUGGAAGCCUGGGAUGAGUGAGGGAAUGAAGCAUUUGUGACUCCUGCCUUAUUAUAUUAUUACUUAUACUAUAGUAGAACCACACAGCUCCAGUCAGUGAUCAAGGCCCCAUUGUGCCAAAUGCUGUAAAUGCAAAAAAUAAAAACCAUAGUGUGCUCCUUGGGGCAGGGACUACGCUAGCUGUGACUUGAAGAUCUUUGCCUCAGGGAAGUGAUAACUCUUUUGCACACAUUCGAUCCAGGCUCAGGAAAGACAAGGCAAACUUAUACCUGAUGUAACUUUUUUCCUGGUUUCAGUAACUACUUUACAGUAGACAAAAGGGGGGGAAAUAGUGUCUCCGUGUUCUUGUUGUUCUACAGUAGAGAAAUGUAACUACUCUUUCUAGAUUUACCUACUGUUCAAGGUGCAGGAGACAAUGACAGCCAAUGCUGUGCCAUGAGCAGUCUUAUAGGGAGUCACUUUAUACUGUAGAUUUAUACUACUUUUAUGGCUCUGUCCAAGUGACGAAGCAUUGCAGAAGACAUUGAAACACUUUGGGCUUGCUAUGCUUAUGCAAUGGCUCGUCUCCAUACACACGCAUACUACAGCUGUUCUAAGCAUUUUUCAGGCCUUUUAGAAAGAAGACCUUUGCUUAAGUCCAGCUGAUGUGUGCUGUCUACAACAUUGUCUCCCAAGAAUGAAAGCCACACGUUCUGUAUUUGCUGGUACUUCUAACUUCAUCCACAACACCGUGCCUUUUUGUUUGGAAAUUACCCUAUAUCUCCUGCAGAGAAGCAGUGCCAAGUGCUUUGAGAGUUAUUUCAGCAGUCCCAGAAUGCAUUGACAGAGCAAGGGUUAUAAGGUAUGUGGGAUGAGUAUGCACCAGAAAAAGUUCUAAGGAAGAUCAAAAACUGCUAUGUAGGUGCCUUGAACUGUUGGAAGAAGCAAAACAUGAAAUGAAUUCUUGAAGUUAAGCAAGGAUAUCAUUACCGGGAGUGUGUUCAGACCCUGUGAGGCUCAGAAAGAUUAACUCUUUUUCAAAAGUCUUGGAAUACAGGUUAACACAUUAAAUGUUUGUAGUGUGAAAAAAAUUAUCCUUGUAAGUAAUUGGGAACUGUUGUGAAUUCUGUUUAAACAAGAUGGUCCUAGGAGGUGGUAAUAGUGUGAAACGGAGUGAAUGCAUCUGCCAAUGCCCAGAUGUUUAAAUAUUUAAUGUUGAGAUACAAAUGAUAUAUCUGAGUGUCUUUAUAUCUCUGAAGUUUUUGUCAGUAUUCCUGUAAUAUCCAUAUUUCAGGGAUUUAUAACUUGAUUGUGUGUGGUUGAAAAUCAUAUGAAUUACUGUAUAACUACUUAGCCUGGGAAUGAAUGUAUUUAGACUUCUAAAAAAUCAGUAUAAUUUUUCAAAUUGAAUAAAACAAGCAGGUUUUUAAAGUUAUGUUUUUGUGCUCAUAAUUGCAGUCGGGCUUGUUCUUUAAAUGUGAACUACUGGCUUGCACAAUUUAAAUGUGGACUUGUCACUUUAGCUGUUUUGUUGGAGGAGAGAGUACUUAAACCUCUCUACAUCUUAUUGCAGAUAAGUGCCAAAAAGCCUACUAAUGUAUUUCCCUCAGUUGUGUGUCCAUGUCCACAAGCCAAAUCUGAGUCUAUCUGAAUGCUUUAGCCUCAGAAUUUAGUUUUGCUUUGCUCAGGAGCAUUUCAGUCAAUAGAUUAAAAAUCUACAACUUUUUCAUUAUAUUAAAAAAAGAUAAUUCACAAGUAAAAUGCAUUGUCACAUUUAUGACAAUAAAAGCAAAGAAACGUAAGUGGAAUAAAAUAUAUUGUCUUCCAAAACCUGAUGAUGAUGAUGUCUCUUCUGUGGUAUUCUGAAUAGAAGGCUCCCCCUCAGUUCUUAUCUUUUCAGAGAGUUCCUUUUUAUAUGCCUUGUAUGGGUAGUGUUCAAUUUUCCUAUUUCAUAACAGUUCAUAUUUAUUUUUUUUAAAAAAAAAUGUUCGUAGUGAGGAGGACAAUAGUUCAUCUAUUUAAAGACUUGACCCGUUAUUUAAAAGUCGUAGUAAUUAAAGGGUUAGCUAGCUAUGUGUUCAUAUAAUGCAAACACUUAUUCACUUGUGCAUAAAGUUCACUCACUUAAGCAUAAAGUUAAACAUGCAUAUGUGUUUGCAAAAUUGGGAUCUAUGUUAGCUCUUUGUAUCAUAUUUAACAUUACCAUUUAAGCAUCUAAUCCUUUCCUAAUAUGACUUUUUGUAAUUUCACUUGUUUAUAUGGUGGAAUUGUUUACAUUAGGAUUUGAUUAAUACAGAUACAAACAUGUUAUAGGUCAUAUUGUCAGAGGGAGGUAUGUCAUAGACCAUAUUUGAACUGUUUUGUUACUUCUUGGAUAUCCUUGUUUCACCUUUCCAAAGUCUUUAAGCAGAAUUACUGGUAGUGAUGACAACAUGCAACUUCCAACAGGGACCAUAAAUUUAACUAGUGUUUCUGAUGUAUUUUGUUUUCAAAGCUAGUGAAUAGUUUUGUGCAAAAUGUACAAACUUGUCUAAGUUUGGCUUUGUUAAAAAUGAAGAAUAAAGAUAACUUACGUACUAGGGCAGAAAAUCUGUUCCUGCUUCUGUCA